AUGCAGCAUAGCGACGCGUGGCUGGAACGUGUUCGCCAGGCCUGUGAGACCAGCCCCAAGGCCGAAACACAGCUGCUGGCCAUGCACCGGGGUCUUGCGGAUCAAGACAGUGCGAGUGUAUCGGUACCGUCGGCUGCCGACGGUAGCAGUGGUCAAGGGCAAACGUCUCACCGGAUAUAUCUCUUCAAGUGUGGAGAUAUCACCGACGUGCUUGAUCAGAGAGAAGACAUCCGGCUGAACCGUGCCGUUGUACACAACAUUAUAAUCGGCGCCCAUCUCAACAGCAGAGCAACGGGAGCUUUAUUGAUCGGCGCUCUCACGCAUUGGGUACCCCAGCUGGCCCUCGCGGCAGCAUUGGCCCUGACUGUGUUCGGGCCAUGGAGCUCCAUGACGCGAAGGGCAUCCUACUCGCCUACCGGAUUACCGAUCAGACCAGCGCAUUCACGAACAGUAGCAACUCGGCCACCACCAGUGCCGAGGGAGGUUGCCGCCAGACCCAGUGCCGGUCCCGGCCACGGUAAACGCCCAUCUGAGGCGGAGAUACGCGCCAUGCCCGACAGUCAGAUCAUCGGGCUGGGCACGCGGAGCCAGUUACCCCUCUACAGCCUUGAACGCGCUCUUCAAGACCCGCUCCGGGCCGUUAAGCUGCGGCGGCAGAUAGUCUCCCAGCACCAAGCCACCAGCGACAUCAAUUUCUCGGUGGAGGGCUCAGCGCUCCCGUACGAAGGGUACGACUACCAGUCGGUCCUUGGAGCCUGCUGCGAGAAUGUGAUCGGGUACAUGCCUAUUCCCCUGGGUGUGGCUGGUCCAAUCAAAGUCAACGGAAAGGCUGUGUUUCUCCCCAUGGCCACGACAGAGGGCGCGCUGGUUGCGAGCACAAACCGUGGCUGCAUGGCGAUCAAUGCAGGUGGAGGCGUGACCGCUCUAGUACUAGGCGAUGGCAUGGCCCGGGCGCCUAUCGUACAAUUUCCCAGUCUUGAGGAAGCCGGCGCUGCGAAACGAUGGCUCGACUCCGAAGCAGGCUUCCGCAUAAUUGAGGAGGCCUUCAAUGCAACCAGCCGCUUCGCCCGGCUGCAAAACGUCAGGGCAACGGUCGUUGGCUCUGACCUCUAUAUCCGGUUCACGGCCAGCACGGGAGACGCAAUGGGCAUGAACAUGAUCUCCAAAGGAGUGGAGCAGAUUCUGGAGGCAAUGAGAAAGCACGGAUUCGAGUCCAUGGAUAUCGUCUCGUUAUCAGGGAACUUCUGUGCGGAUAAAAAGCCGGCGGCCGUGAACUGGAUCGAGGGGCGAGGUAAGACCGUGAGCGCGCAGGCGACUAUUCCGGGACACGUGGUUCGAGAGACGCUCAAGACCAGUGUUGAAGCCCUCGUGGAACUCAAUGUGUCCAAGAACCUGGUUGGCAGUGCCGUUGCGGGGUCUCUAGGAGGAUUCAACGCCCAUGCUGCCAAUGUUGUCACUGCGAUUUAUCUUGCCACUGGCCAGGAUCCCGCACAGAAUGUGCAAAGCAGCAGCACUCUUACCGUGAUGAAAAAUGUGAAUGGUGAUUUGCAAAUCUCUGUUUUCAUGCCUUCAAUCGAAGUCGGUACUGUUGGGGGAGGGACAGUCCUGAGCCCACAAAAGGCAAUGCUAGGGAUGAUGGGUGUCCAAGGUGCCCACCCAGAGCAGCCAGGCAGAAACGCGCAGGAACUGGCCCUGCUGGUGGCGUCUGGCGUGCUGGCUGGAGAGCUCAGUCUUUGCUCUGCUCUUGCCGCGGGCUCCUUGGUACAAAGCCACUUGGCCCAUAACCGAAAGAAAGAAUGA